AUGGCGCCUCUCCAGAACGGCCAUGCCAAUGGCUUGAACGGCGAUCCUCUGCCCAGUUCCCUGGCCAACCUUCGGUUUUCGGAUAUCCCUGACGCCAUCGACAUUCCCGCGUCCAGCUUCGACAGCGAAGUCGAAGUCAGCCUUCUCGAUCUCCCCGAUGACCCAACCGAGCUGUGCACCCUGCUGGAAAACGAGCGAGCGGCCAAGAACUUCUGGGUGAUCAUCGCACUCGCGUACGCGAAGCGAAAGCAGCUCGAUCAUGCCAUCGACAUCUUGAACAAGGGCCUGGCGUCCGUGGCUCACGGUGCCACGAAAGAAAAAUUGGGACUGCUGGGCUGGGUCUGCUGGUUGCUCAUGCUGAAGAGUCGCCAGGCUCCGCGUGUUCCGCCGGAGGGUGAACUGUAUACCGAGGCAAAGACCAAGGACUAUUAUCUGCAACUCGCGACAUCGACCUUGAACGAGGCCUCGCGCCUGAAUCCUGCAUAUCCGCCCCUGUUCCUUGCGCGCGGUGUCUUGUGUCUCCUCCGCGCAUCUCUUCACCCGCCUCGUCCUGUUCGGCCCGGCACUGUCGACGCCUCGGAGAGAAUGGAGGCCCUGCGCCAGGCUUUGAAAUGCUUCGAUGAAUCGUCCAAGGCCUUCGGCGGCCGGAAUAUCAUGGCGACCCUGGGUCGCGCUCGAGCACAUUACAUGAUGGGCCGAUACCAGGAAGCCCUCGAAGGAUACCAAAAGGUGCUGAGGAAGGUGCCUAACCUAGCCGACCCUGACCCGCGCAUUGGUCUUGGUUGCUGUCUGUGGCAGCUGGACUUUAAGGAGCAAGCGAAGGUGGCUUGGGAGAGAGCUCUCGCUUUGAACCCCGACUCCAAGGUUGCAAACAUUCUCCUCGCCGUAUACUAUCUCUACGACAGUUCUCGCCGCGCAACCACCGACCCGAUGUUCGGUUCGUUAUACAAAGUGGCCAUGACCCAAUACACACAAAAGUCGUUCAAGCUGGACAAGGAAUAUCCGAUGACCUGCGCCAUGUUCGGCAGCUACUUCCUUCUUCGCAAGUCCUACGCAACCGUGGAGUCUCUCGCGCGCAAGGCCAUUGAACAAACUGAUGUCAUGCCCAUCGCCAGUGACGGCUGGUAUCUCCUGGGACGAAAGUCUCACUAUGAGAAUGACGGAGCGCGCGCUACAGAGUAUUACAAUCGUUCCGACCAGGCCCGUGGUGGAGGCGACAAGGGAUACCUUCCGGCCAAGUUUGGUGCAGUCCAGAUGCAAAUCACGAACAAGGAUUUCGACGGCGCGAAGUUCCGACUCGAAAAGAUUGUCCAGCAAUCGAAAAAUCCGGAGGCGAAGAUUCUGCUCGCCGCGCUUCAUGCAGAAGAAGUCUUCGCUGUGCAAAGGGCUGGCAGCAAGGAAGACAAGUCGGCCGAGGCGAAACGAGCAAUCGGACUGUUGGAGGAUGUGCGCUCGAUGUGGAAGGAUGAGAAGCAAAAGCUCUCUCCUGACGAGUCGGUCUUGGUGUAUCUUUCUCGACUUUACGAAAGCACCGCGCCUGAUAAGAGCAUGCAGUGUCUUGAACAGCUGGAGGAGAUCCAACUGGCCGCCAUUCCCGAGGAGUCCCGGCCCGAAGAUAUCGAGGAUGCGGACGAGUUGAAGGCGUCUCUUCGCGAGAUGCUCCCCCCGCAGCUUCUGAACAACAUGGGCUGCUUCCUGUAUCAACAUGAGAAGAUUGCUUUGGCCCGUGGGAUGUUCCAGUCUGCUCUCAACGCGUGCGUCCGUUCGAAGGAAAGAGACGAGGGUGCCGACAACGACGCUUUGGUUACGACCAUCAGUUACAACCUUGGGCGGACGUACGAAGCAGCUGAGAUGCAGGACGAGGCAAAGAAGGUCUACGAGGGUCUGCUGGAGCGGCACAGUGACUACACGGAUGCCAACGCGCGUCUGACGUAUAUCGCGCUGCGCCAGAGCCCCACGGACGAGGGUCCGAAGAAGAUGUCCAAGCUGUACGAAGUCGACUUCUCCGACUUGGAAGUACGGGCGCUUUUCGGCUGGUAUCUCAGCAAGUCGAAGAAACGUGUAGCCAACCUUGCCGAGGACCAUGAGCAGCGCCAUUACAAGCACACACUGCAGUAUUACGACAAGCACGACCGUUACGCCCUGACGGGCAUGGGUAAUGUGCACCUUGUCUCCGCUCGCGACAUGCGCCGCGAAACAGACGCGGAAAAGGAGAAGCGUCGCAAAGUCUACCAGCGGGCUGUGGAGUUCUUCGACAAGGCCCUGCAGCUGGACCCAAAGAAUGCCUAUGCCGCCCAGGGUGUUGCCAUUGCUCUGGUCGAUGACAAGAAAGACCUCAGCGCUGCGGUGCAGAUCUUCUCGCGCAUUCGAGAGACGAUCAAGGACGCCAGUGUCUACCUCAACUUGGGACAUGUGUACGCAGAGCUCCGACAGUACACUCGGUCUAUUGAGAACUACGAGAUAGCCUUGGCCAAGGAUCGUGCCCGCGAUGUGCAGGUUCUAACUUGUCUGGGUCGUGUGUGGCUUCUCAAGGGCAAGCAGGAAUCAAACUUGAUCGCGAUGAAGACGGCCCUUGAUUACGCCCAGCGCGCUCUGUCCGUCUCGCGGGACCAGCUUCAUCUUCAAUUCAACGUCGCCUUCGUACAGAACCAGAUCGCUUCGCUGGCGUACGGUCUCCAGCCUACGCAGAAGACACUCCAAGACGUGCAAGAAGCCGCCGACGGCCUGAAGGAAGCUGUCGAGACAUUUGAGCGCAUUUCCAAGGAAAAGAACCCACCUUACCCCGGUGCUGCGUUGGAGCAGCGGGCGAACAUGGGUCGAACGAUCAGCAAGCAGCUCGAGCGCGCCAUGCAGAGCCAGAAGGAGUAUGAGGAGAAGAAUGCCACGAAGCUGCAGCAGGCGCGGGAGGCCCGCGAAGCCGCUAUCCGCCAGCGCGAGGAAGAACUCCGCAAGGCGCAGGAAGUCGAGCUCGAGCGCAAGCAGAAGGUGGCUGAGGAGCGCCAGCAGAUGGUCGAGGAGGCGCAACGUCUGGCGACUCGGCGAGCUGAAGAGGACCGCGCCCGCGAAGAAGCCGAGUUGACGGCUGACUCUGAGACCGGCGAGAAGGUCAAACGCACCAAGAAAAAGAAGCCUGCUGCUGGCAAGCGCAAGAAGAAGGACCGCGAUGACUUUGUUGCGGAUGAUGAUGAUGACGACGCCAACAAGGCGCGCAGUGCCUCGCCUGACUCUGACGGCGAGACUGCUCCGAAGAAGCGCAGACGCCUAGAACGCCGGUCUGGCGGUAAGGCGCAACAGAGCAAGUACAAGAGCAGCGAGCGAGUUGUGGAUUCAGAUGAGGAGGAGGAAGCUGCGGGGACUCCUGACGAGGACAAGGAUGACUUGUUUGGAGAAGAUGAUCAGCCGAUGCAGGACACUGAUGAAGGCGAUGUUCCGCGUCGACGUGGCAAAGCAUCUCGCCGCAUCGCCGAUGAUGAAGAUGAGGAUGAAGAUGAGGAAGCCGAGGCGCAGGGUGACAAAGAGGCUGCUGCGGGCAAUGAUGAGGACCAAGAUGCAGACCUGUUCGGAGAUGAUACAGAGAUGCAGGAGUGA